ACAUAGUCUGCUUUUACAUGAAGACGCAAGGCGCAGAAAUUAUCUUCGAAUUUCCUUUUGAUUUUCCCUUCGGUAAGUCGCGCGCUUCUACACGUAGUAAUUUUUAUAAGACGCAAAUUUGACAGCUAUUUUUUUUAUUUUAUCUUGUUCUUGUUUUCGUAUCUAUUUUUAUUUAAAAAAAAGCACCAAAAUAUACAAAAAACAACAUCAGGGGGCUCUAUGUGCAACAAAAACAUUUAAAUAAAUUAAUAAAAGUUAGUAUACACCCAAAUAAUAUACAUUCGACGAAGCGAACUCUGCCACCGACGAAAUCAAUUAAAGCAAAACAGCAAAAAAAAAGAACAAGAUCAAAGAGAGACGUCAAAAUGAGUCUCAAAAUUUUCGACCGGAGACUCACAGGGUAAAAAAUCUUCCAUCCCUCUUUUUCGAACUUUCUUUCUCCCUUACUCUUCAUUGAAUCUUGACUCUUGCGUCUUCAUGUAAAAGCAGACAUACAAAGAACGGGCCACAGUUGUGCGAAAUUCCGAAUACUCUACAGAUUAUGAACAAAAACAGAAAUAAAGAAGUGUUGUCAACAAAGGUCACAGAUUUGUGGGUAAAAUAACAACUAAGCGUGAAUCCAACUGACCUUUGUAUUUGUAAUUCAUUAAGAACAAAAUUAAUUGAAUCAGAAUGAGUUCUCUAUUCCGGUCUGAAUUUACUUCAAAACGGGAACAUUUUAUUAAAGAGACUUUAAUCAAUACAUUGAGUGAGAAUGCAAGGGAAAUUCAGUUUGAAGUUAAGGAGAGUGGAAAGGAAUAUUUGGAGCUGGUUGAAGCUACUAACUCGUUGUGCACUACUCUGGAAGCAAUGUUUUUACACGGUCUAAAAGAUUCAUUUGUUUGGCAAACAUUUAAUGCAUUAUCUGGAGACGUAGAUCAUCGACCUGAACCCAGUUUCUGGCCUCCCAUUCUAAUUUUUUUGCACAAAGAAGUCAUAGAACAGGUUCAAGCGCACACACAAAUAAUUUCGGAAAUUGGAUACUGUCGCUCGUGGGUGCGUUCUAGUAUUAAUGAAUCCAUUAUAUCAUCGUAUUUAAAUAACAUUCGUAAAAAUAACUCUGCCCUUAAUCCUUACUAUAAAAGUAGUGCUUUUCUUAAAGAUUUGGAUUUAGUUGAAAUUGCUUCAAAAAUUAUCGAAGGCAUUGAAUCAUGUGUUCAAAUUAAUCUACCAAUAAACUCAAGUCUUCUCAAUCAAUGGCCAAACUACUCGCUACAAUUGGCUGGAGUGUGGGCAUUGCCUUUAAAAUCAUGCCCAAUUAGCAGCGGAGUGGACGUGGCUAGUUCUAUCUCCGAAGUCAUCAAUAUACCGACUCCAAAACCACUUCAAACUAAUGAACUCUUCUCUGAAUCAAUUUCAAACUCGCCUUUCUGUCGAACAUCUAAUUAUGCAGAAGGAGAUUUAACUCAUAAAGAAAAUUUAGACAUUUUUCUUCAAAAAGUCGAUGAAAUGGACAAAAUUGCUGAAGAAGGAGAUCCAAAGCCUAAAGCCGACGCUAGUGAAUCAAGUUAUAAAGCUAUAAUAUCAAAAAAAAGGACUAGGUGUAAAACCACUCAAAGUUCUAGUGAAAUUUUACAAGAAACUGAAAAAGAACAAGACCUGGUUGAGAAUUCUUCCCAUGGAAACUCAUUAACAAACCUUAUGCAUACAUCUUGGUCAUCUGAGCUUGCCGAUGAAAAUUUAACAAAUAAUAAUAGUACACCAAUAUCAGAAAAAGCUAAUCUUGCUUAUUCGAUAAGCAGUGUUAGUUUGGUAAGUUCAUUGCGUUCACCUAUCGAUCGGUGUAGCUAUAAAACCUUGCUUAAAAAACAUGAAGACAACAGACAAAUAGACUGGACUAAUGUUUGGGCAAAGUUCGUUGGUUUGCAGGGAAAUGAAAGUAGAGAAGCUGGAAGUAGCAGUUCCCUAGAUGGCGAAUGCAUUACGGUUGCUGACUUUGAAGUUGUUGCACGUUCAGUCUCCGAAAAAUUUAGUAUUGAUGAAUUACAGGAAAUGGUAGAAACUUUAUGUAAAUUAGCUCGAGAGGCUGGUCUGGAUGCACAAGGAUUCCUGUGUAAGUCUUGCAAUCAUCCUCUUGGAAUUGGAUUUUCGCCAGCCCAAGUCUGCACGUUUAGUGGAAACUACUAUUGUGAAACGUGCAUGGACGCAGAAUUUGUUUCUAUUCCUGCCAGAAUCAUGUAUAAUUGGGAUUUUCACCGAUAUCCAGUAUCAAAAAGAGCAGCAACAUUCCUCGCGGAAUUUCAAUACCAGCCCUUUAUUGAUUUUAAGGUUCUUAAUCCUGACAUCUAUAAAGCAUCCGAAGAAAUGGCAGAGUUACAGUCCCUUCGAAUACGUCUUAAUUUUAUCCGAGCUUAUCUUUACACCUGCUGUCCUUCAAGCAUUGAUGAAUUAAAACGAUUAGUGUUUAUGAAGGAUUAUCUCUUUGAGCACAUACAUCAGUACUCAAUUGGGGAUUUGAAUUUAAUUCAACAAGGAACACUUUCGAGUCAGCUACAAAAAGCAGUCAAUUGUGGAGAACAACAUAUUCUUAAAUGUGGUUUAUGCAGCGUUAAGGGAUUUAUCUGUGAAAUUUGCAGCAGUCCUAAGGUCUUAUAUCCAUUUCAUAUUAACACCACAUAUCGGUGUCAACCUUGUGGAGCAGUAUUUCAUGCCGGGUGCUUAAACGAACUAGAACCUUGUCCAAAAUGUGAACGAAGACGAAAACGCCAAGAUUUACCUUUAUUCGAAGCUAUUCAGAAUAUGGCUUAAGUUGUACGAUUAAGUAAAUUAUGAUAAUUUAAAAUCAAGAAAUAAUAAAAUUAAUAAAAAAA